GUAUCAUCAACAGCCUGUAACUGGGUGGUCCUCUCUGAAGUCCCUCCUCUGAGUGUCAUCUUCCCUGACAUACUUGCUAAUCUGGUUCUCAUUUAUAUUCUCUCUUUUGUCCUGUCAGUACUCUUGCAACAUUACCUUCCUGGUCGGCUGCUGUGCUGCAGUCUAAUAGGAAGAAUAUCCAACUUUAAGAAAAGCCAGAGUGACACAACUUUUAUCUGUCGAAAAACAGCCUUAUAUGCUACCUUACUGAAAGCACCUUUGUCUGCAAACCUGCGCUCCACCUACUUCAGCAAACUUCACAGUCCUUUUCAUCAUGUCCAACCAGCCUGUUGUAAACCACCAUGAAGAAGCCUACCUCUCCCUGAUGAGAGGCUUGAAAGACCUGGAUCUGCGGGGCAAUUGUGUUCCCAGUCGCCUGGUGCUGAUUGGAUAUCAUGCUUUUCCUUUAGCAAUGAACAGCCGAGGCCAGGUCCUGAUGGCAGCCUCUCUGUAUGGCAGUGGAAGGAUCGUGGUCCUGGGUCACGAGGGCUACCUGUCCACUUUUCCAGCUCUGGUAGAGAACGCUCUGACCUGGCUGAGAGGAGAUGGAUCUGACAACGUCUCUGUAGCAGUGCACAGGAACGUCAAGAGCGUUGCUGAUAACCUCCGAAAAUCCAGCUUCCAAGCAGAAGUAGUGGGAGGCUUUAGUGGCAGACUGGGGGCUGGUGUUUAUGUGACCGACGCCUACAGUGUUGGUGCAGACACGAAGGAACUGGUGGCGUUUAUGAAAGCAGGAGGAGGAGUGCUGAUAGCAGGACAGGCCUGGAGCUGGGCUGGAGGUCACCCUAAGCAGAACACACUGCUUCUGUUUGGGGGUAAUAAGGUGUCAGGGGUGGCAGGAAUCUACUUCUCUAAGCAUACGGGUGAUGCAGAGUACCUGCAUGUCUACCCUCAGAUCCCAACCUCCUGGAAGUCUGUAAUAAUAGGGAAAGACUUUGAGGAUGACUUGGAGUUCUUACUGCAGGGGAUUUCAGAGUUUCACAUCCCAACUGGAUUGGCUGCUUCUGAGGUUCUAGUCCACGGCCCACUAGCGUUUCCCAUUGGGACCAUCAGCGAUGGACGGGCAUUCCUGGCAGGAGGCUACUAUGGGCAGGGUCGGGUCAUUGUGGUUACCCACGAAGGUCUUCUGGGACAAGAGGCACUGGCUCCAUUUUGGCUCAAUGCCAUCCACUGGUUGGAUGAAGGCCGCAGAGGCGUUGUUGGCUCAGUGUCGGAUCCUGCCAUCAAAAUCCUCAGCAGGUCGGGGUUGAAGUGCCAGAAGACCGGCUUCAGGAAGGAUCUGAGUGUGUUUGUGUGUACGGCGUACAGCGAUGACCAUGUGGAAGAAAUCCAAAGUUUUGUUGCAGAGGGAGGAGGCCUGCUGAUGGGUGGACAUGCCUGGUACUGGGCACAGACACACCACGGGCAAAACCCGAUGACAGACUUUGCAGGAAACAAGAUCUUGACCAAAAUGGGCUUGAGCCUGUUGGGGUCAACGAUCGAAGGAGGUCAGUACAAGGCUCCUGUCCCCAGUCAGGCCAUCAAAGACACCUACCACUUUCGCCACUUUCUACGCCGCUUCGCAUGCCAUGUAACAAUGGGUGAAAAACUUAACAAGCAUGAGGAGGAGUGCCUUAAAAAACUUGGCCACGACUGCACCACCUACUUGCGCAGGAACGCUCACCACUGCUCCGACUAUGCACAGGUGGUGUCCACUCUCACUAAUCUCUUGAUGAGUUCCGGCUUGCCAGAGGUCAGUGACAGCUGCCCUGUGAAUAGUCCCAAAGACCACCUACUCCUCAGCCUGGGGGCAGAGGUGUAUAAGGCUUGCCCAAAUCCUGAUGACCUCCUGCCCUACCUCAUCAAGAAUAACCCGAUGAUGCCGGUAGUCUAUAACCAGAAGAUCAAGAUUCAUGUCAACACAGCAGGAGGGCAGGAGUGGAUCAGCACAGGACUGUACCUCUCUUGUGGUAUGAAGACCUACAUCACCAUACCUGCAAAGAUUAUCAACAAAGGAUGGCAGAUUCAGAUUGGCUGUCAGACCGAUCGACUGAACUGUCAGGAGUUGAAGAGAGCACCAUGCGUUUAUGAGCGGUUUCCUGUUACCUCACAGAGGAUGCAGGUGUGGAACCUGUGGGGGGGACUCCUCUACCUGGUGGCCCCACCCAAAACACAAGUGGAUGGUGCAGAGGUGACCGUGCAGAUGGCCGUACGUGCACCGUAUUAUAAAUGUGGUGUGACAACUGCAGCUGACUGGUCGUUGCUGCGUACAGCUCCGUCACCCUGGGCAGAGCUGGAGUUUGACAACAUCAUCCUCACCGUGCCGUCAGACUCUAUUCGUGACCUGGAUCGCCCCGAAGAGCUGGCAGCUCUCUGGAACGACAUCAUGAAGGCCGUUGCUGACCUGGCGGUCAUCCCACACAAAUUUCCCCGCAAAGAGCGCUUUGUGGCAGAUGUGCAGAUUUCCCAUGGCUGGAUGCAUGCAGGUUAUCCUAUCAUGACACACAACUCCUCAGCAUUUGAGCUGGUCAAUGCUGACAAUGUUCGGAGUAAAGGCAUCUGGGGCCCCAUCCAUGAACUGGGACACAACCAACAGAGGGCCUGCUGGGAGUUCCCUCCAAACACCACAGAGUGCACAUGCAACCUGUGGUCAGUGUACGUGCAUGAACAGCUGCUGGGGAUCAACAGGGCACAGGCUCAUCCAGCUGUGACUUUGGAAGAACGAAAAACGCGAAUGGAGAAAUUCGUUAGAGAGGGUCGAAAACCUGGUAGCUGGGACAUGUGGGUGGCCCUGGAGACUUACUUGCAGCUCCAGGAUAAGUUCGGCUGGGAUGCCUUUAAGAGGGUGUUUGCUGCCUACCACAAGAUCAAUAACUUCCCCAAUGACAACCAUGGAAAGAUGAACCUGUAUGCUGAGACCUUCUCCCAGGCUGUGGGGAUGAAUUUGACUGGGUUCUUUAAGGCUUGGGGCUGGCCCAUACAAGCAGCCACUGAGGAGAAACUCUCCAAGCUGCUGCCCUGGAGUGAUCACCCCAUGGUUCAGUUUGGCUGAACAUCACACUGCUGCUAUUUAAAGAAACGAGAUUUUCCACAACUCUUAAAUCGCCUGGCAGAGGCUGGCAGGAGCACCUCAAGACCUUCUUCAAUUGUCUAGCUUUUGAUUGCAUUUAACAUGAUUUUACUUUGUAACUGAUUCCUUGGGUUUUAAAGAGUGUUUAAACUUGUGUUUUGUUUUAUUGUUGUUUUAUUUCCAUGGCAACUGUUAAUGCACUCGUUCCAUAUGUCUUUGUGCUACACACGUGGACAAAAUUGUUGGUACACCUUGGUUAAUGAAAGAAAAACCCACAAUGGUCACAGAAAUAAUUUGAAUCUGACAAAAAUAAUAAUAAAUAAAAAUUAUAUAAAAAUUAACCAAUGAAAAUCAGACAUCACUUUUGAACCGUGGUUCAACAGAAUUAUUUUAAAAAAUAAACUCAUGAAACAGGCCUGGACAAAAAUGAUUGUGCCCUUAACUUAAUAUUUUGUUGCACAACCUUUUGAGGCAAUCACUGCAGUCAAACGAUUUCUGUAACUGUCAGUGAGACUGCUGCACCCUCAGCAGGUAUUUUGGUCCACUCCUCAUGAGCAGACUGCUCCAGUUGUCUCAGGUUUGAAGGGUGCCUUCUCCAGACGGCAUGUUUCAACUCCUUCCACAGAUUUUCAAUAGGAUUUAGAUCAGGGCUCAUAGAAGGCCACUUCAGAAUAAUCCAGUGUUUUCCUCUUAGCCAUUCUUGGCUGUUUUUAGCUGUGUUUUGGGUCAUUAUCAUGUUGUAAGACCCAUGACCUGCGACUGAGACCAAGCUUUCUGACACUGGGCAGCACAUUUCUCUCUACAAUACCUUGAUAGUCAUGAGAUUUCAUUGUACCCUGCACAGAUUCAAGACACCCUGUGCCAGAUGCAGCAAAGCAGCCCCAGAACAUAACAGAGCCUCCUCCAUGUUUCACAGCAGGGACAGUGUUCUUUUCUUGAUAUGCUUCAUUUUUGCGUGUGUGAACAUGGAGCUGAUGUGCCUUGCCAAAAAGUUCCAGUUUUGUCUUGUCUGUCCAUAGGGCGUUUUCCCAAAAGCUUUGUGGCUUGUCAACAUGCAGUUUAGCAAAUUCCAGUCUGGCUUUUUUAUGAUUUGUUUUCAACAAUGGUGUCCUCCUUGGUCGUCUCCCAUCAAGUCCACUUUGGCUCAAACAACCUUGACCUGUACCUUGACCUUGGAGUUCACCUUUAAUGUCUUUAGAGGUUGUUCUGGGCUCUUUUGUUACCAUUCGUAUUAUCUGUCUCUUCCAUUUGUCAUCAAUUUUCCUCCUGCAGCCACAUCCAGGGAGGUUGGCUACAGUCCCAUGGAUCUUAAAUUUCUGAAUAAUAUGUGCAACUGUAGUCACAGGAACAUCAAGCUGCUUGGAGAUGGUCUUAUAGUCUUUACCUUUAACAUGCUUGUCUAUAAUUUUCUUUCUAAUCUCCUGAGACAACUCUCUCCUUGGCUUCCUCUGGUCCAUGUUUAGUGUGGUACACACCAUGUCACCAAACAGCACAGUGACUACUGUAACCCUAUAAAUAGGCUGACUGACUGAUUACAAGUUUGUAGACCCCUGUGAUGCUAAUUAGAGGACACACCUUGACUGAACAUGUCCCUAUGGUCACAUUAUUUUCAGUCUUUUCUAGGGGUACCAUCAUUUUUGUCCAGGCCUGUUUAAUGAGUCUAUUUUUCAUAAAAUUUUUAUUUAUUAUUACUUUUGUCAGAUUCAAAUUAUUUCUGUGACCAUUGUGGGUUUUUCUUUCACUAACCGAGGGGUACCAACAAUUUUGUCCGCAUGUGUAAUACGAUGUCUGUUUUAUGUCAAUACGGUGUCACAGUGCUGUCCUCUUACCUGAAGAGAGAAAAUGACAAUAGUAGUGAGGAAAAACUCCCUGAUAACAGGAAGAACCUCAAGAGGACCCUGGUUCUCUGGGGUGGUCCUUCCUCUGGAGGGCUGGGGGACCUGCUGUUGCUCCAGGCAACAGGACAAACUGCUGAUCUGCCAACUUUGUGGGUUUGUGCAGAUCUAUUUACCAAAAAAAACAAACAGGCCUUCCUCAUGGCAUGAUCUAUAUCUAUCUGUUGUUGCUUACCAUAAUGAAAGGGAUUUUGAAAUGGUAACACACAAAUAAUAGAAGGGGAGGACAAAGCUGUGUGAAAUACACAGUGGAUAUAACAGUCCUAUACCCAUAGAUAUAGAUCAUUCCAUGAGGAAGGCCUGUUUGUUUCUUUUGGUAAAUAGUUGUAAAGAUGAACACAAGGUUAAAAUGGAAAUGAUACUCCACAGUGUCUUGAUUUCAGACCCAAUUUCAUGAAAAAUGUCCACCUGCAAUGGUAUACACUAUCGUUCAAAAGUUUGGGGUCACUUAAAAAUGUCCUUAUUUUUUAAGGAAAAGCAGUUUUUUCAAUGAAGAUACCAUUAAAUAAAUCAGAAUUAAAGUCUA